UUUUUUUGUAUCUAAAAAGCAAGUUCUUAAACACAACUUUUUGACACAUAUAAAUUAUGCUUAUUGUUGAGAGUUAACCGAUAUAAUCUAUUCCUAGAUGACAUGCAGAAUUUGUAGCUGACAAGUAUUUUCGAACUUUUGUAGACACUUUUAAUUAAAAUUUAUGUCUAAAAGCAGACGGAUACAUAUUUUUAUCAUGUUCAAUCACACGACGAGUAGUUCUUUUUUCCCGGAUUAACGUUAUCUAUUUCUCAAAAGUUAUAUAAAGGUUGCUUUAAUUAUAAAAGUAUUCACUGCGAGCAUUACUUAUACGACGCAAGAUCAUUCGGGGUCAUCAUUAAUAUUUAUGCUACGGCACAAUAGAUCCAAGUUGAAGCUUCGUGGCAAUAAUUGUGCGCCAUUGUAUUUAUUGGUAUAAGCCCGUCGGGGGCUUAGUAUAUCUCUAGUAUAGAUCUCUCUAAACUUCGAAUCUCGCUUGUGAAAUCCGAGGCUUGCGGUUCGCGAAUUUACAGCUUAAAUUUCUCUUCGAAAAUGUUCCCUCGAAAAGCUAAAGAUCGUGAAAUUGAUGAGACUGUCCGAUCCUCAGAUAUCCAGUUGUAAAGCCCGUAUUGUAUAACGCGUGUUCGCGUCUUCACACAAGCAAAUUGACUUCCUUUGAAUCGCCAUCAAUCCGUGUUCGUGAAAAUUAAUGCCUGAACUGGAAUCGAGGACGCCUCAUCCAGGAUCUUCAAACAUGGUAAGCCUCUCGUACGAUCAGUCACGCUCCGGCAUAACAUCCGUGGCCACGUAUCAUGCGAGUUCAUCCACUGCUGAAGUGAUAUUGGACAUUCCGACAGCUGCUGCGGAGGAAUCUGAUGUUUGCCGCAUUGACAUGCAAACAGCUGUUUCAGCUGUUUCCGAAUUACCGCAAACGUAUGAGAAACCAGCACCUGUAAAUUAUGUUGAACUAGUUCAACACUCACGGGAUGCAUUUAACAGUGGCAAAACAAGACCGAUAGAAUGGAGAAUCAAACAAUUGAAACAAGUCUUACGUAUGCUAUCGGAAUGCACCUCAGAGAUAAUAGCAGCAUUGGCAUCAGAUUUGCAUAGAUGCAAAUUUGAAACGUGCGCAUUGGAAAUUGAUUAUACAAUUCAAGAGAUUAACUAUGUUCUCAUGAAUAUUAAGCAAUGGGCAGCAACAGAGAAGCCAACCAAGUCAUUGGCGAACUUUUUCGACAAAGUAGAAAUCCGGAAGGAUCCUUAUGGAGUUGUAUUAAUUAUGGGUGCGUGGAAUUAUCCUCUUCAAUUGAAUAUAUUACCUAUGAUCGGCGCUAUCGCAGCUGGAAACUGCGUGAUUGUGAAACCUUCCGAGAUUGCAGGGGCAACAGCGAAGUUCUUGUACGAGACCAUUCCGAAAUAUUUAGACACGGACUGUUGUCGUGUAAUAAUGGGAGGAAUCUCAGAAACGACAGAGCUACUUAAGCAACGUUUUGAUUAUAUUUUUUAUACUGGAUCUUCCGCCAUUGGAAAAAUCGUACGGAAAGCUGCUAAUGAAUUUCUUACUCCUGUUACAUUAGAGCUGGGUGGCAAGAGCCCCGUGUAUCUAGAUAAUACAGUGGAUAUAACAAUGGCAACAAAACGCAUUUUAUGGGGUAAAUGCAUCAAUGUCGGUCAAACUUGUAUUGCGCCCGAUUAUUUGUUAUGUACACCCGAGGUACAGAAUAAAUUUGUCGAGGAAGCUAAGAAGAUUCUACAGGAAUUCUAUGGAGAUAAUCCGCGAGAAAGUCCUGAUUUGGCACGUAUUAUUACGGACAAACAUUAUCAGCGACUCGUCAAUUACUUGAGCGAUAAAAGUAAAAUUGCUGUUGGUGGUAAUGUAAAUCCCGUAGAAAAGUUCAUCUCGCCUACGAUACUCGUUGAUGUCAAACCAACGGAUCCCAUUAUGCAGGAUGAGAUAUUUGGACCAAUAUUGCCUAUAAUAAACGUUAAUAAUGCUUAUGAAGCAAUUAAAUUCAUCAACAGUCGGGAGAAGCCAUUAGCUUUGUAUAUAUUUAGCCAGAAAGAAGAAACUGUAUCAUUGAUCAUUAAUAAUACGUCUAGUGGGGCUGUACUUGUCAAUGAUACGGUAUUACAUGCAACAGUUGAGACUAUACCCUUUGGAGGAAUAGGAUAUUCCGGUAUGGGAGCUUACCACGGAAAAUAUACAUUUGAUACCUUCACACAUAACAAAGGUUGUUUGAUUCGAAAUUACAACAAACUUGCAGAAAUCAUAGCCAAAGCCCGUUUUCCGCCGUAUUCUGAGAAAAAUCUGAUCAUGCUUCAACAAUUAAUAAAGAAAAGACCUGCUUUAUUUGGUAUAAAGUAUUUACCGUAUCUUCUUGUGUUCGGCCUCGGGAUACUUGUUACACUGGGAUUUAAAGCCGCAAUGAAGGAAGAAUUUAAUUACACGGAGGAACAAUAGUAAAGCAGUCGAUAUCCACACAGCACUUUCAAAUGCAUUUUGUAAUAUGCAUUUGUUGAUUAUACGCCAAUUGUAACUUUGUAUGAUUAAGCCUACUUAAUGGAAAAUGUAAAAAUUCUUAUGCAAUGUUUUUAGUUUUAUUCACACAUUCUUUAUACUUUAUUAAAUAGUUGUUUCACCACACGAAUAUACAGAUAUAUUCGUCUUCGUGGGAGAGAAUAAAAAUAAUGGUAAAAUAGAAUAAGUACUUUAGUGAUAUAAGUUCCAAUGGAUCCCAAAAUAAAUCCAUUAAUUAAAUCUUUUAUUU